AUGAGCGGAAUUGCUUUUGUACCGCUUCAAAUUCUUCUUGUAUUUAUUGAUAUCUUGCUGUCAAUUGUAACCCUCAAAUGGGUAGGUGUGAUCAGGAAGCUUCUUGCUAGCGAUCCGGUUAGAUCUGUCCCCUUGAAGGAUGACCCUUCCCAUCGAGUGCACGCAGAUUUUAAGGAAGCUCGUGUUUCUGUUCCCUCCAAUGGAGCUCGUACCAUGUACGACGUUGCCAACAAGGCGUUCUUGGAUCACUCCGACAAAAUCUGCAUGAGACAGCGCGAAUUCCUCGGCUGGAAAAGUCCAAAAGUCAAGGAGUUUUCCAGCAAGGUCCUUGAGUGGACAUUUGCCGAUGUUGAAAAGAAGGCUCAUAGCUUUGGAGCAGCUUUGAGAGCAAAUGGAUGCGUGCCAUCUGAACCAAGCACCAACCUUGACAAGGUCAAGAAACCGUGCCGUAUGGCUAUCUUCGAAAAUACUUGUCCAGAGUGGAUGAUGUCUUGUGUUGGUGCUUUUUCUCAGAGCGUUGGAGUUGUCACUGUCUACGCCACAUUGGGCAUUGAUAGCGUCAUUGAAGCAGUGGUUGAUAACAUUGUUCCUGUCAUAGUCUGUAACAAGACAAAUGUCAAUUUUUUGGCCGAAAAUGCGGCUCGGAUGCCCUCAUUGAAGGCAAUUGUUUACACCAACGACUUGAUUCCAAAGGACGACGAGACGGAGAUUCUAGAGGCACCUCGGGGUCUGAAGAUUUUUAGUUUUGAAGAUUUUAUCAGGACAGGAGAUGUAGUUCAGUACCCCGUGUCUCCUCCCGUUCCUGAAACGACUGCGGUAGUAAUGUAUACCUCGGGAAGUACAGGCAAACCAAAGGGCGUUGUCAUCACUCAUGCCAGCGUUACUGGAGGUGCGGCCGCCUCGGAAUUUGCGCUUGGUCUCACGCCUUCCCAUCGCUACCUUGGAUACCUUCCUCUAGCACACAUCAUGGAACUCAUGGUUGAAUUUGUUUGCCUUGGAAAUGGAACUUCGAUUAACUAUGCUGACCCUAAGAGUCUUACCCAAACUGGAUCCUACCCUAUUGGAGCCCUUGAACAAUAUGGCCCAACACAUAUGGUUGCUGUUCCUAAAAUUUGGGAUACCAUCAAGAAGGGGCUUCUUGCCAAAGUUGGGCAAUCCAGCCCUGUUGCUCAAGUCUUGGUCCACACCGCUAUCCAAUGGCGUACUUUUGCCAUCAAGUUAGGACUAGACACACCAUUGUUCAAUGCUCUUGUUUUCAAGAAGUUCAAGAAGGCUGUUGGUGGACACCUCGAAUGGGCACUUUCCGGGGGAGGUCCGCUUAACGGAGAAGUUCAAGAAUUUAUUCGCGUUGCCUUCAAUGUUCCGUUGAUCCAGGGAUAUGGUUUGACUGAAACCUGUGCUGGACUGUCCAUUGCCGAUACGGACGAUGGGCGCCCAGGAGUUGCAGGUGUGCCCAUUGCAACUGUUGAAGUCAAGCUUGAGUCUACCCCCGAUGUCUGUGACAGGGGCGGGCUACCAUACAUGUCUACUGAUCGGAAAGAUGUGGAGGGAAACCCUGUGUGGGGACGUGGGGAGAUUCUUGUCAAGGGAUCGAAUGUGACUUCUGGUUACUAUAUGAUGGCAGACAAAACAAAAGAAGUUUUCUCUGAUGACGGGUGGUUCGCAACAGGUGAUAUUGGACAAUUUCUCAGCGACGGGAGCAUUCGAAUUGUUGAUCGGAAGAAGAACUUAGUGAAGCUCAAAUCUGGAGAAUAUGUUGCUCUCGAGAAAAUGGAGAUGGUAUACGGAAACUCGUCAUUUGUUGACGCCAUCGCAGGAGGCAUUUGUUGCUAUGCCGAUGGGGACAUGGACCGCCCAGUUGCCCUGUUCCAACUUUCGGAGCCUGUCACCAUGAAGUGGGCAAAGGAAAAUGGUGUUUCUGGCGACUUUGAAACUGUCAAGAAUUCAAAGGACUUGUACAAUGCAAUUAUGGCGUCUUUCAUUGGAGAACAUGCAAAAAGCGACUUGAGUCAUAUUGAGAAGCUCAAGGCUGCCACAAUACUAACAGAUCCCUGGACUCCCGAGAAUGGAUGCUUGACUGCUGCCAACAAACUUCAGCGUCGCGUAGUCAUCGAUUCAUUCCCCAAGGAAUUUGAAACCGUGAAGAAGAAGGGCAUCUUUUAG